AUGGAUGACAACGAUCUGGAACGGGUAGGUCACCAAAAGAUGCCUCCCGAUCUGACCGACGAGGGGGUCGACGAUAUGGUAGACUUAGUUGACUUAAAUGAAACUUCAAUUCUUUGGAAUAUUAAGACACGAUAUGAUGAAGAAAUAAUAAAUACAUUUAUUGGUAGUAUUUUAGUAUCAAUAAAUCCCUACAAAAUGUAUGAUAUCUAUGGUCUAAAUAUGGUUAAAAAAUAUGAGAGUCAGAUAUUAGGAACAUUACCCCCUCACUUGUUUGCCAUCGGGAGCAGCGCUUACAGCAAAAUGAAUGCCGACAGCGAAGGUCAGGUUGUUGUGGUUUGCGGUGAGAGUGGCGCCGGAAAGACUGAAAAUACCAAACUUUUGAUGCAAUAUUUGGCUGCUGUUAACAAAUCUUCGAGUAAUAUCAUUACCGAACAGAUCUUAGAGGCCACACCUUUGCUCGAAUCCUUCGGUAACGCAAAGACUGUUAAAAAUAACAAUUCAAGUCGUUUUGGAAAAUAUCUGGAAAUUUAUUUUAAAGAUGGUAUAAUAAGCGGCGCCAGAAUUACUGAAUAUUUAUUAGAAAAGUCACGGAUUGUAACCCAAUCACAGGAUGAACGCAAUUAUCAUGUAUUUUACGAAUUAUUAACUGGACUGACAAAUGAAGAGAAAGAAAAAUAUGGUCUACAAGUCGCUGAAAAGUACUUUUACUUAAAUCAGGGUCAGUCGUGUGAAAUUGAUGGUAAAGACGAUGCCGAAGGAUUUAGAUUUUUAUUGAGUGCAAUGCAAGUCCUUGGAUUCACUAAUGAAGAACAGGACACUAUAUUCCGUAUGUUGGCAGCAGUUCUUCAUUUGGGAAAUAUAUAUUUUCAUCGCAAACAAUUCAGACACGGACAGGAAGGUGUCGAAGUGGGAAGUGAUGCUGAGAUCAGAUGGGUCUCGCAUUUGCUUCAGUUAUCUUUAGAUGGAAUCUUCAAAGCGAUGACUGUUAAGGUGACAGAAGCCAGAAACGAGAAGUUAGUUUCACCUCUUAAUAUUGAUCAGGCAUUGGAUGCCAGGGAUGCCAUAUCUAAAGCCCUAUAUUCUUGUCUGUUCUCAUGGCUCGUCCAAAGAGUAAAUUUAAUGAUAUAUAAAGGAAACCAAAAGACAAGUCUCGCUAUUUUAGAUAUCUUUGGUUUUGAAAAUUUUAAGGACAAUAAUUUUGAACAAUUGAGUAUCAAUUAUGCUAACGAAACACUUCAGUCCCAUUUUAUUAGACAUGUCUUCAAAUUAGAACAAUUAGAGUAUACAAAGGAAAAGAUAGAUUGGCAACCAUUGAGUUUUCCCGACAAUCAGUCAAUAAUAUCAUUAAUUUCCAAAAAACCGAUCGGAAUUCUGUCGCUUCUCGACGAUGAAAGCAAUUUUCCGAAAGCAACGGAUCAAUCAUUUCUUGAGAAGUGUCACUAUAAUCACGCACUCAAUGAACUAUAUAGUCGACCGCGUAUGUCAUGUCUGGAGUUUGGUAUCAAACAUUAUGCCGGACAGGUCUGGUAUUCAGUUGACGGCUUUCUUGACAAAAACAGGGAUACACUUAGAUCUGAUGUAAUCGAUUUGUUAAUUAGUAGCAAAAUGCCAAUGAUUUCAAAGAUGUUUCAAAAUCUUCGCGAAACAUUUGAAGCCAAUAAAACCUAUAGUCGUACUGACGGCAGAUUCAUCACAAUGAAGCCGAGAGCGGCCACUGUUUCGGCGCGAUUUCAAGAUUCACUACAAUCGUUGAUUGAUAAUAUGUCGGUUUGCAAUCCAUGGUUUGUUCGCUGUAUUAAACCAAACAAUGAAAAGACUUCAAUGAAGUUUGAAGUGCCGGUAGUUUUGGAACAAUUGAGAUAUUCGGGGAUUUUAGAGACCAUACGUAUCCGCAAAUUGGGAUUUCCUAUUAGACUUAAAUAUCAAAUUUUUGCCUUAAGAUAUCGAUGUUUACUGCAGAGUAAGACACUUACACCUCGAGGACAAUCAUCUAAAGAUGUCUGUAAAAUGAUAUUAGAAAGAAUUGCUUCCUAUAGCCAACAAUAUCAAUAUGGCUUAACUAAAAUAUUUUUAAAGGAAUUAUUACAACAAUCGCUGGAAAAGGAGAGAAAAGAAAUAAUGAUUUCAUCGAUUAUUAAAAUUCAAUCAUAUAUUAGAUCACAUUUAACACGUCGUGGUUAUUGUAAUUAUCGGAAAAAUAUUAUAAGAAUUCAAUCAUAUUAUAGGGGAUAUAAAGUGAGAAAAGAGUACAAAAAUUUAAGAAAUAGUGUCAUCAAAAUGCAGGCAAAUUUCAAAAUGAAGAAACAGAAAGUUGAAUAUCAAAAAUUAAAAGCAUUAAAAUAUCGUCAAUUGGAGUCCGAGAGAGUAUCGGAUUUAAAAUCACAAAAGGAGUUAACAAAUAGAAAUGUCGAUGAAUUGGAUCGACAUUUCAGAGCUGUUACUGGUAUUAAUCAUUUGGAAAUACCCGCAGAAUUGGCGUUCAUAUUCACCAAAAUCGAUGACUGGCAAUGUGUACAUCAAAGUCAUCAAAUAGCAAAAGUUAAUAGCGAUGUAAAACAAAUACGAUAUAAAUGGAGACUUCCAGCAGAUAUUGAUUAUCACGCGUUCACAAAGUUUACUAAUAUAUACUUCAGGGCUCAUAUAUGGGGUAUGAAAAGGGAACCAAUUAAGACACCAUUUUUGGUUAAAAACAAUGAAACAGACUUUCAAGAAUCAGUGGCCAUAUUUAAACUGAUACUCCGGUUUAUGAAUGAUAUUAAUUUGUGCGGAAAAAAGGAAAAAGUUUUAGCAGAUUAUAUUAUACAAAAAGGUUUGGCAAACCCAGCGCUCAGGGAUGAGAUACUGUGCCAAUUGUGUAAUCAGACAUGGAAGAAUGACAAUGAAGCCAAUAAUGAGAGAGGAUGGCAGUUGUUAGCUAACUGUUUGUCAUGCUUUCCUCCCAAUCCUUUACUUUAUAAAUAUAUUUUAAAAUAUGUGUCGGAUCACGGAUACGAUGGAUACAAAGCCAUUACUCAAAAACAGUUACUUCAAAGUGAGAAGUCUGAGAGUCUGAAUGUAAGGACAUACCCGCUCUCUCUUCUUGAAUGGAGAGCCAACAAAAAGAGGUGUAAUAUGGCCUUAGAGACAACCUUUUCUGAUGGUGACACGAGAUACGCCCCAAUCGAUUCCUGGACUACAGCCGAAGCAUUUACAUCGGAAGCACUUCGAGUCAAAGGCAUUAACUCAAGCUUUGGAUGGACUGUCGAUCUCGACGACGAGGGAGACAUAUAUGGUCUCAAUGGCAGUGACUAUGUUAUGGAUGUCAUAUCGCAAAUGGAAAUCCCGAGUUCUUUCCCGGCCAACAAAAGCUACUUCUUAGUGACGGCCGAUCGAAAUAAACAGAGAAGCGAUAAACAGAAUUCAUAUCACAAUCCGGAGCGCAUUUAUAAACUUGAUUUGAAUAUUGAAGAAUCAAUACCAAUGCAAUCUUUUAAUCUUAACUACGAUUCCCAAGAAACUGGUCAUAAGAGUCAACAAUCGAUGACUAAAUUAGACAUGACUUCAGAGGUAAAUCCAAGAUCGAGAUCUCUUUCGAGAGAACAACUCAUUUCAAACGAGACAAAUGAGAGUCAAAUGAUUGCAAACGGAGAACAAGAGAUGGGUUUAUCUAAGAAAAGCAAACUUAAUGAACGAUAUCUUAAUAACAAUCAAAUUACUGAAAAUGAAGAAAUACAGCUCUCGGAGACCAGUAAAUUGAAUCAAAGAUAUAUAUCAAACAAAUCAGAAACGGAGAAAAAUAUGGUCGACAUUGAGUUCAAAUCAAAGAAAAGAAAUAUUCAUAUGAAGAGUAGCGACAAAAAAUCAAAACUUAAUCAAAAUAAAAGAAGUAUUUCAAUGCAAGAGUUGGGUUUAGCCUCUUCGGCACUCAAUGACAGAUACUUCUCCAGAACUGAUUUACAUAAAACCGCUUCACUUACUGAAGGCAGUGAUAGUGGACCUGAUGUUAACUCUUCGCCUAAUUUAUUAAGUCAUUCAAACUUAAAAGACGAAUCAAAUACUUCUACACAAUUGGCUGAUAGUCUACCUAAAGCCACAAAUAUGAGUUCCCGUCCAUUACCUGCUGAGCCAAACAUUGAAAAUUCUUCGAAGAGACCACCUGUUAAAAAAUUACACCAACGAAAGUCUCAUCUGAUUCGACCAUCAAGUCGUUCAUCCACUUCUUCGUUAUCAUCAGAAAUGUCAUCUCCAGAAAAUGAAAUUGAUUUUCCAAUUAUUGAAAGAAAUGAUGAAGAAUUGGCUGAAUUUAACGAUAAGUUAAUCGAACAAAACUCUCGAUAUCAGAAACAUUUGGGUAAACUACAGGUUCCCACACUCAACAAACAUUCACUAAACUCUAAAGUUUAUAUCGACCGCACAAUUAGUCGGGAAAGUGAUUACCAUUUAAUUAGGAGUUCCGCGAUGUCUGAUACAUCAGAGUCGCCUUCACUCGCAUCUCACGUCCGAAACAUUCGCAUCCCUUCGCAUACAUCAGAAUUAGAUCAAUAUUUAGAUGACUUAUUUAAUCCGGUAUUGGAUGCAAAUCUGGAUGAGUUAAGUGACGCCCGAUCUUUGGCCGCAUCAAUAAAAGGUGGUAAUAGUUAUAAAAAAUACAAAUCUAAUAUUCAACUCAGCAAUUGUUUGCCAAAUAAUCAAAAACAUCACAAAAGUAUGAAUCCAUUGAAUGAUUUAGAUAUCAACACAAAUGAAUUUGAGUGCUUAGUUGAGACCAACAAAUUAGUGUCCACUUUGAAAGGCGGAGGAAAUAAUGAUUUUGAAACAAAUCGAAAACACAAUCAAAACUCGAGUUUCAAUACAUUGACAACCAUUGACUCAAAUAGUCCUAUCAGUCAAACUGAUGGUCAAAAUGAAUCUCAAAACUCAAUGACAUCGCCAUUAAGUCUUACAAACAUUGCGGGUAUGACAGUGCCAAUGGUGGACACAUCUCAGAUGAUUCAGCAACAGGUUCUUCACCAGCAAAUGGUUCAAAUGCAACAAAGGGCUUUCCUCGCUUCUUCACUACAACAGAAUCUCGAGAUACAGAAGCAACUUCUGCAGCAAAACCAACAGAUUCAGCAAUUGUUAGUCCAGUCAUCUAUUGGUAGUUCCAACUCUCCGAUAAGCAAUGGUCAAACAGGCGAAGGUAUAGGGAGUACAUCACCAAAUGUUUCGUAUCCAAUGUCUUCACUUUCUCCAAUAUCACCAUUACUUCAAAUACCAUCCAUACCUUUAUUGCAUUCACCAAUUGGCGACAAUCAAACAUUAUUAUUAAGCACUGAAAAUAUUACAUUAUUAGAAACAACAUUACCUCCAAAUAAAGACACUAAUACUAGGUCUCAAAUUCCCGGCUCAAUUCCACCCCCACCUCCUCCACCUCCACCACCACCACCUUUGUCACCAACUGAUGCCUAUGGAAGAGCUAAGACUGUCCGUAUCGGUAAAUGGCGGUGGCCACCACCUGCUGAAACAAAUGAAUUGCCAGCUAAUAAUUUCUUUGAAUUCAAACGUAAAAAACAAAUGGAGAAAUGCGAGAAAAAUAACGAAGAAAGAUUGGAUCAGUUUAGUGAUACACAGGUAACACAAGAAGUUAGUUUCCAUACUAAUAAUACUAGUAAUGAUAAUGAACCACGAAUUUUAAGUCCUCAAAAUAAAAAUAAAGAAAACAAAAACAAUGAAAGUAUUGAUAAACAGGAGAAACUCGUAAAACGAGAAGAAAAGAUAAAAGUGAUCCGUAAUGUAGUUCCGGGAAGUAUUGGAAAAUUAAGAAUCAGUUCAGAAAUGAAGGCUAAAUUGGAACAAUUGACAAUCGAUCAAAGUGUACGAUCAAAAAAAGAUAACAGAGAGAGAACACCAAUGCAAAGCAGAAGUAUGGAUGACAUCGCAAAUGUUGGAUCAGUGAAGAAGUUAUCUGAACAGAGAAAAGCAUUGCUUGAAAAACAAUUGAUGGGAUCUUUAAGAAAUAAUAACAACUUAAUUGAAAGCAAUAAGACUCCCCCUAAUGCUCGGCGAGGCUUUAGAGACGAGUCUGGAGAGAGUCUACACUCAAAGUAUGCCCAAAGCGUUCCGGUUCUCAAUAAUUAUGAGAGCAGUCAUAGCAGUCAUGCGGACAACUUCUCGAAGAAUGUGUCGAACCGUUUAGAGAAAAACAGGAAAACUCAGAGUAGAGAAAUACGUGAAAGACGUGAUGAAUUGGGACCUUUUAAUAGACGCACCGGUACUGUAAGUUCAACCAUUCAGGCCGAGUGUGGCGAUGGACUCAGUUAUUCAACUGAACCCGAAAGAGUGUUCUUCGAUGAGAUGAGUGCCACAAAUAGUAUUGCUUAUGAAGAAAGCAUUGCCUCGAGUCAUAUGAAUCAUCAAUCAUCUGGUCUUCGAAUAAACCAUGACUUGAAUUCAUCGAAACCUAUUAAAAGAAUGAAUGUUCCGCCGCCUCCGCCACCAAUCAAUAUGUCGACUCACACACCAUUAUAUAAGCAGACAAGUGGUCCGCCAUCAUUGGCCGCUUCCAGUAGUUAUUUUGCACCCAAUUCUCCAAUAAUGGCUAAACGUAAUCGCAAACUUCCUCCGCCACCAAUUGGAUUGUCAUUAUCUCAAGACAGACUAUCAUUUGACAGAAAUGAUUUUGAAGAAAGUAAUGACUUUCUUAACCCAAUUGAUGCGCCGCCACUGUCGAUGAUUUCACGGGAAGAACAAUUAACAACAGAUAAAAUAAAGACCAAACUUUAUCAGCCAAACGACUCACCAUCUCUUACCUACUCUAAAGUCAAUUGGAAAUUAAACGUUAGGAAAGAGGUGUUCUCUCCUCAAGAAACCAUUGACAAUCCAAUGGCACUUCACUUGAUAUUCUUGCAGAUAGUUAGGGACGCCUUUUCUGUUACUUGUAUUCGUUUGACACAAGAAGACAAAUUUAAGAUACAAUCAAAACUUCAAUCGAUUGGCAUUAAUGCCGACAAUGUAUUAACGUCUUGUCCUAAGAUCCAGUUUCAGAAGAGUUUGAUUGAUUUGGUCAGAGAAAUGCCCACUUAUUUUGCUCGUCUGUAUCCAGUGUCCGGCGGAAGAAAUUUACCAAAUGUUCAUUUUCUGGCCAUUUCUCACUCUGGCGUCAGAUUAAUCCAACGCGAAAGAAAUGCCAUUUGUGAUUAUCUUAAAGUUUUAGAUAAACUUAGUUUAAACGAUAUCUCCGAAGUAAUUAUCCCAAAAAGUUGUACUCUUCAGAUACUAUUAAGUGGUGGCGGAUGGAUAACAUUGAUAUCACCAAAAGCAAUUCAAAUUAAAAGUCUAAUCGAAAGAUUUGCAUUAGAAAUACAAGAGAGUCAAAUAGACUUUGUUAGAGCUCUAAGAAACUAUAGCAGCGAUGAGCCAUCGAUUCUCAACAUUAGGAAGAAUGAUAUCAUUCGUAUUCUCAAGAAUAAGAAUUUGCAAAUAAAUAAAGGUUGGCUCUUUGGUGUACUGGAAACAGGAGAAGGAGGUAUAUUCCCGUGUGAUUUAGUCGUACCAUUGAAUAGACAGGAAGUGACUAAUAUAUCACACAGAAUGGAUGAAGUGAGAGAAGAAAUGAAUGGUCACACAAAUGGUAAUAUUCAUAAAGACAUUAAUGAGAGACACGACAUGAGAUCCAAUGACCAGAGCUCUCAGCGCGACGAGACUUCACUAUGGAUUGAAAGCAAACAUGAACAAUUCGACGACUCUAAGAGUGAUAUCACACAAGUUUCACAACUAAAUGAUGGAAAGUUUUCAUUACUUCAGUUCGCUUUAUUCAACUUCAGAGAGUCUAUCAAUAAAUAUGAUUUGCGUUCAAAGGAGGGUUCAAUUAGAGGUUCAAUAAAACUGAUUGAAAGUAUUAAAUCAAAGAAGAAGAAUAAGAAAGGAAAGGGAAGCGAUUCGACAGAAUGGACGUGGAGUGAGAUCGCAAACUUAGUCAAGUUCUCCAAUAUUCAGAUACAAAAUUCAUUGUUAAUAUUGUCUCCAGAGCUCAAUAAGAUAGCCGUUGAAUGUUUUGUUGCAAUUAUGCGAUAUAUGGGAGACUUACCAAUGCUUAAAAACCAAACGGAAGUCAAUUGCGUUUAUAAUAUACUUUUGAAUUGUCACAAAUAUCCCCAAAUCAGAGAUGAAGUCUAUUGUCAGCUUAUGAAGCAAACGACAAGCAAUAAAAGUGCCAAAAUAGACAGUUGUCAGAGGGGUUGGCGCCUCUUCUCUAUAGUCGCCGCCUAUUUUGACAGUUCAGAGCUGUUGAGACCCUAUUUAUUCAAAUACUUAGAAACGGCUGCCUUUGAUAAGAGGCGUGCUUUUCACGCCACUGCAGAUGUUUGUCUCAAGAACUUGAGGAAGACAUUUAAAUAUGGCGGCCGUAAAAAUGUGCCGUCAAUUGAAGAAAUUGCUGCCAUAUCUGCCGGGAGAAACUCCAAGAGACAGAUGUAUCGACUUCCCGGAGGCACUGAAAGAAUCAUUAAUACGGCUUCUUCUACGGUCGUCAAUGAUAUCAUUGAAGAGAUUUGUCAAAUGCUUAACAUUAGAAAUGCCAUCGAAAUGGAAGAGUUUUCUCUUUACUGUAUCAUCGAAGGAGAUCCGUUUACAAUGCCUUUAAAUAGAGAUGAAUAUAUAUUAGAUGUAACCACAGAUCUUAUAAAAAACGGACAAUUAUUUUACCUCAUAUUUUGCCGAUCCGUUUGGUAUUACCCUUUAAGACUUGAUAGUCACUUAUACAUCGAAGUGAUCUUCAAUCAGGUCGCACCCGAUUAUUUGGAGGGCUUAUUGCUUGUGAUUCCUAAUGAAAAACUACCAGAAGAUGUUGUCCCACAAAUUGCAAGAAUUGCAUCAUUGCUUCAUAGGGCGGCAGAUAUGGAACAAAUGCCGACCAAAGAUGAAGUUAAGUAUCUGUUGCCAAAACCAGUUCUUGUAAUGAGAGAACUGCGUCCACCGCAAUGGGUUGAAAUGGUUCAAAGCAACUGGAAUGACAUGUCGGCUCUGACCACUACCGAAGCAAAAGCUCAAUGUCUUGAUAUUCUGCAAAAGUGGCCACUAUUUGGUUCAUGUUUUUUUGCAGUUAAGAGAAUUCAAACCGAUUCGACUACACAACAGCAACAACAACAACAACCCGAUCACAUACUUGCCCUCAAUAAAGAAGGCGUCCAUUUCAUUGAUAUCAUCACUCAUGAGACAUUAUGGAAACAUCCGUUUUCUGAAGUAAUCUCCACCCGAAAAGUCCGGGCCGAAGACGGGACUCUAUUUCUUGAUAUGAAAUGUGGAAAUCUUAUGAUUCAAAAAAUAUCUCGAAUACAAACAGAUCAGGCUCAUGAAAUCUCGCGAUUGAUCCGUCAAUACAUCGAAAUAGAGCAACACUUCAAGACAACUGCCAAAGAAAAUGGCAAUAAUUAG